UUCGCUUUUAUUACUGCGAUAUUUGCAAAGAUGGGAUUCCAGCCUCCGCGGCAACUGGUCACACCGAAAUGAAUGGGAACGUAAUGAAACUACGCCAAUUUAUCGACUCAACUUGGAGAUCUGAGCCUGCUGGACCCGACCGGCUUGCUCCUGGACCCGCUGACUGGCCAGGAUGUCCCUGACCGGGCUGUGCAUCGAGUUGCGUCCGAACCUGCGCAGCGGCGUGGUCUUCCUGCAGUUCGACCACAACAUCGCCGAUCGCAACGAAACCCGCCUCGUCAUCCGGGAGCACAAUGUCUACAUAGCUGCCAAGUCGCCGGGGAGCGCCUCCAGCACUGCCAGUCGUGCCACCUUCUCCAGCACCGCCAGUGACAGCGACAGCGAGACGGAUGAGGAGGAGGUGGAGUCCCUGGUUAUCAGACACGACUGCUUCGGCAUGGACAUCGGCUGCAUUUCCAUCUUCGUGGUCGCCGGCCACCACAUCAGCUUCCGCUUCAACUAUACCCAAAUUGAUCUGGACGCCUUGGACGGCGGCGCCGUCCAGGUGAGCAUGGCACCCCUGCUAUGCUCGUGCCGCGAAAACGAACCCAUCUCGGUGACCUGCCGCGACUGCCGGGCCACCUUGGUGGAGGAGCGGUGUUACCGCCGGCUGCGCGAGUUUCCCAGCUGCGUGGUGGAUCCCAGCGAGUUCUUUUGCCACAAUCACGGCGUGGCGGGUGGAUGCGAGGAUGAAAGCAAGGUGCCAAGCCUGGUGCCCGGCGAGGCAGAUCUCUUCUAUGGCCUCAACUAUGUGGUGGUGAGCAUGAAUCGGGACUCGAGUCCCAGUAUCCUGAACCGCGAGGAUCACUUGUACUGCAAGCGCUGCAUGCGUUACCUGGGCGUUACUAUGUUCAAUGGGGCGGCGGCCCGCCUCUGGGCCGAUGCAGUGCGCUGGUUGCCAGGCAGAGAAUGUAAAGCCACAGCCACCCUGCCGCGUCACUUCUUCCAGAGUUCCUCGAUGACCCAGCUGGUCAAGCGACUGCUCUACUCCCUGUGGCCACAGCCUCUGCCGCAGCUCUGCCUGAGCACCAGUCGCGCGGUGCUGGUCACCUCGCUGCCCAGUCGCCGCCGCCAUCAGUACAUGUUCAUCCAUGUGGUGGAGUCACAGCUGCGCGUGCUGCGUCGCAUCCAACCGGACUCGCAGCAGCUGCGUUGCUACCGAGCCUGCAAGCUCUACUACGGCGUUUUUGGAGCUGGCGAAGGGGAGCAGGAGCCGCCGCUGUUGCAGCAGUGGCAGGCACAUCAGUCGGUGCCCCAAAUGGAGAUCUCUCCAGCUAUGUUCCAAACAUUGCAGGAACGCUUCGAGCUCAAUACCCAGCUUAUACCACAUGCCUGGAGGUUGAACUCGGUAGCGGAGGGCCUGCAGCUGUCGUAUUUCUUCUACGAGGAUGAGGCGCAGCCGGAGGGCGUUAUAAUGGCUGAUGAUGAUGAUGAUGAUGCCGUCACUCGGCUUGGCAAGAAGCAGCCGGAUGAUCAGUACGAAACAGAUGCCGGGCAUGCCAGCAGCGAGAGCGAGAGCGAUGACGAGCACUCUGAUUCCGAUGAGGAUGUGUGUCACUCUGUGGAAAGGCGCACAGGUAUCAAGCGGUGCCCCACCCCGCCGCAUCAUUGUCUCAACCUCUCCACGUCCACCUCGUCGGCUUCUUCGGAGGAUAAGUAGUCGCCUUCAAACCUCUUUUGCUGUACAAAUUUAUUGUCCUGCUAUGUCAUCCUUCAAGGGAUCCAUUGAAAUUGCUGGGAAUUUUAGAAAAUAUAAGGUAAGACUAUAAAUGACUUAAGACCUCAAAUCUAGGCUAGAUUUGUGGUGCUUCUCGUUUUGUAGCCUUUGUUUUGACACCUUUUAUAAGGUUUUAAAAUGUCCAGCAAUUUCUUUGGCUUUUCUAGUUAAUUUAGAUAUCAAUUUAUAUAUCUAUAUAUUUGUUUACAGAUUUUAUGGGUUUUCUAUGGAUUUCCCUCCAAGGCAAAGCAAUUUUUUUUUAGUGAAGAAAAUUUUGAUUUUGUUUAUUUCUUGACUCAAGAUUGCCUUUUCCUGGCGAUGCCCUGGUGUAAGUAAUCAACAAGUAUUAGCUGGAAUGCUACCUUCUAGCACAAAUAUUACUCGAUGGGCAUUUUAUGUAAUUAACAAAUAUGUAUUGCUUUUGUACACUUGUAUAUUUGGUUUUUCUUUUAUUUGGUUAAAUUAGUAAAAAAUAGUAAAUUAGAAAAGCAAAAUCAAAGAAAAUAAAAGCUAAGAAAAAGAUAAAGUAAAAGCAAAGAAAGCUAAACCUA